AUGCCAACGACAAGACAACAGGCGCAGCGCAGGCUUGCUUCUGGGUUGGAUGAUACAACAACCACCUCCUCGGCUGUGACUUCUUCAUCGGAUACGAACGUGACAUCUCUCAAAAAGAGAGCCCCGCCAAAUCAGCCAACGGUUGCAGAGGAUGAGAAGGACAAGCGUGGUAUGAGCCGGCUAUCAGAUGAGGAGCGUCCGCUCCUUCCGGAGGGUACAGCCGUUGAUGGGGUUGGUGUGCCAUCAUCGACGGCGAGCUGGACGAAAAGGAACGAGUGGAUUGUUUAUGCGCUUGCUAGCGGGGCUUGUGCUGCUUUUAAUGGUGUUUUUGCCAAGUUGACUACGACUGAGUUGACGACUACACUGUCGAUGUGGAUUGCGCGCCUUGUUGGCCUGGAGAAGGCUGAGGGGAUUGUUGAGGUUGGUGUGAGAGGUUCCUUCUUCUCCCUCAAUCUCGUCUUCAAUGGCAUCAUGUGGACCCUCUUUACAAAAGCCCUCUCAAAGGGUAACUCUACGACUCAAGUCUCAAUCAUGAACACCUCCUGCAACUUCUUCAUCACCGCCAUCCUCGGCUUUGCCAUUUUCUCUGAGGCGCUCCCGCCAUUGUGGUGGAUGGGGGCUGCGAUGCUUGUGGCGGGGAAUGUCAUUAUUGGGAGCAAGGAUGAGGGGGCCAAGGAAGCAGUGAUGAGUGAUGGUGUAAGUGUGGAUGGGAUUUCACUGGCGACGCAGGAUGAUGGGGUUGAGGGGAGGAGGAGGAAGAGUGAGGAUGAUGAGGAGGAGGAUGAGGAUGUGUUACAGGAUUUAGUUGUGGAGGAGGAGAGGUGA